AUGCUAUUUUAGUAUAUUAUUAGGAUAUUUGUAGGAAUUUCAGAAAUAAUUAAAACCAAAAGUUCACCAUUUUCAAAAAGUACCUAUGUUCACAUAAAUUAAUUAUCAACAAAAUUAAUAUGGAGUUGAAGGAAAAAAAAGAAAAUAUUUAAAAAGCAUUAGAAAGUGAAAUUCAAUUUGCAAAAGAGAAUUUAGUACCUCAAGCUAUGAUUGUCCAUUAUCCAUAUACGAUUAAUCCAUAUUUGACAGGAGUUGCAAAAACUCAUGUUUACUUAACAAAAAAAAGUUAUGUUUAGUUAUGCAAUAGAAGUUAACUAUAGAUAUUGUAAUUAGGUCUUUAAAUAUGAAAUUAUUGAUUUUAUUAAUUUAAGCAAAGAUAUAAUUGAAUCACUUUACACAGCCAACCAAAAUUAAGAUUUUUAUCUAAAUAAAAUCACAAUUAGAC